GGGGAUAUUUUACGUUUCAUAGUGCCUAAAAGAAAAAACUGAAUUACAGAGCAUCAUCACUUCUUAAGUGGAAGCAGCAAGUAAAGAGCGUCAGAGACUGGUUGGAGAUCUUGAAAACAUUCUCUUUGUAAAUUGCAUUUCUGCCAUUCUUCAUUCGCAAUGGAGUACCGGAAAAUCAAGGAUCAGGAUAAAGAUGGAGAUGCAGUUGAAGAUGAUAUAGAGAGCUCACAUGGAAAGCCUCCUUCUGAUGGACCCAUCAAUAGUGUAGCCACCUUGGGGGCUAGCUUGAGCAACCGUCCCAAAUGGAAGCUCAAGUCUAUUGUUACAAUUACCUUAACUGUGCUUACAAGUUCGCAGGGAAUAUUGAUUGUCUGGUCUAAAAGAGCUGGAAAGUAUGAGUACAGUGUGACGACUGCAAAUUUCUUGGUGGAGACAUUAAAAUGUGCAUUGUCACUUGCAGCCCUAGUAAGAAUCUGGAGACGUGAGGGUGUUACUGAAGAUAACAAGCUGAGUACAUCAUUCAAUGAGGUUUCUGUUUACCCUAUUCCUGCAGCACUCUACCUUAUUAAGAACUUACUUCAGUACUAUAUUUUCGCAUAUGUGGAUGCUCCUGGCUACCAAAUACUGAAGAACCUGAAUCUUAUCAGUACUGGAGUGUUAUACCGCAUCAUUCUAAAGAAAAAGUUAAGUGAGAUUCAGUGGGCAGCUUUUAUUUUGCUAUGGGCAGGAUGCACUACAGCACAACUUGAUUCUUCUUCUGAUCGUGUUCUUCAAACUCCUUUUCAAGGUUGGAUAAUGGCCAUUGUCAUGGCACUUCUAAGUGGCUUUGCAGGUGUCUACACAGAGGCUAUAAUCAAAAAGCGUCCCUCACGAAAUAUAAACGUACAGAACUUCUGGUUAUAUAUCUUUGGGAUGAUCUUCAAUGCUAUUGCUAUUUUCACUCAGGAUUUUGAUGCAGUCAUCAACAAGGGAUUCUUUCAUGGUUACUCAUUGAUUACCACUUUCAUGAUUCUCAACCAUGCACUCAGUGGAAUUGCUGUAUCGAUGGUGAUGAAGUAUGCUGAUAAUAUUGUGAAGGUUUAUUCUACAUCUGUGGCGAUGCUACUCACUGCUUUUGUGUCUGUUUUUCUCUUUGGGUUUCAUCUCUCCCUUGCCUUUUUCCUCGGGUCAAUGGUAAUAUCUGUCUCGGUGUACUUGCACUCAAUUGGGAAGUUGCAAAGAUAAUAGUUUUCUCACCAUUUCUUCCCUGAAGUUAGAGCUUAAAGUUACAAUUAACUCAAGGUCUAAAGGCUUGUUAAUUCAGGGGUUAGGUUCCAACAUCAAUGCUUUGUGGGCUGUGCAAGUUUAUGAAGGAUUAUCAUGAAUAUUUAUCUAUAGUUACAGAGAUACUAUGAUGGAUGGUGCUCUUGAUGCAGUUUCAUCUCCAAAUGCGCAGCAUGGACUGACACAUACCAAACCCAUCACUUCAUGGAUUGUCUAUGGAGAGCUUUUCUGGUUGUAAAUGGACUUGAUUGCAUAGUUACUGCCCUCUUAUCUCAUUCUACUGAUAGCUCACCACAUUUCUAUCUUUCCAGAAAUACUGUAAAGCAAUGGAUCUGAUGGCCUGAUAAUACCAAAUUGAAUUCAAAAUUUUGUUGGUUCUACCCAUUUUAUGGUAGUUCUACAGUCAUUCUAUGUAUCCUUCUUUUGUGCUAUAAAUGUCUGUCAUCCAAUUA